AUGUUGAAAAAUAUUUCAAGUAAUGAUAAUCUAACUAAAAGUGGUCUUUUUAAUCAUUUUUGUAUUAUUGGACAAGAUAAUUAUAGUAAUAUUAAUGAAAUAACAAAUUCUAAUUUAAUAAAAAAAGCACCAAUAAUAAAUAUUGAAAUAAUCUUUCCAAAAUUAUUUGAAAAAUUACCAGAAAAUUAUGAAAUAAUAACAACUACUAAUAGUGGUACAUCAGCAAAUCUUUUUGGAAAAACUUUUCCAUUCAAAGAAUGUUAUAUUAUAUUUGAACGUGGUUAUCAUAAACCUCCAAUUAUUGAUAUUGGUAUAAUUGAUAAGACUAAAAAUGAGCAAUGUUUACGUGAUUCAAAAAUAAUUACCCGUACAAGAUAUGGACAUUCUGCUAAUCUUUCUAAUAGUAUAAAUGGAAAAAUGUAUUUAGUAUAUAAAAGAGCACCAGUAGAUUUUUCAUUAGACAAUAUGGUUGUAGUUGAUAUUUGUAUUAUUAAUGGAACAAAAAAAGAAAAAACACCAGGAAAUUUUUUUAAAAUUCCUAAAAGUAUAAAUAAAGGUAUAUUAAAUAAUGAAAUAUUUAUAUGUUAUAGAAAAGAAAAAUUAAGACAUAAAGAACUAACAUUUAAUUGUAAACUUCUUGAUUCUUUUCCACCUAUUAAAGAAAUUAAUAAUAUUUGUAAUAUACCAAUGUUUUGUAUGCCUGAAGGUUCUAAAAUUUUAUGUUGGAGUGAUACAAAAAAUAAUCCUACACCAUUUUCUAAUACAUUUAUUUUAACUGAAAAAGAUGGUUCAAGAAUUUAUGGUAUAACAUAUGGUUUUUAUGAAAAAUUUUAUGGUUCAUUAAAUAAUGAUCAAUUAGAAAAAUUAGAGUUAAAGAAAUGUGAUGAUUUUUAUAUUGAUAAUAAAGGUAAAAAGUAUUAUUUAUAUAAUAAUAUUUCUAUAUGUUUUAUAUCAAAUUUUCCUUAUUUUGAUAGUUUUUAUAUGAUUCUUCAAUAUAUUAAAAAAAUGGUUGAUGAUGAUAAAAAAUUUUGUAUUGAAAAAUUUUUAUCAAAUUUAUUAUAUAAAACUAUUUAUCCAGUUCCUAUGAAUCCUCAUUUUAAAUUAGGUCUUGGAGAAGAAGAAAUAUUUUUUAAUUUUUCAAAUUUUAAUGAUUUCCCUAUUUGUGGAUCAUCAUAUGUUGAUACAUUAAGAUUAAUUGGACCAAUGAAUCUUUUAAUAUUAGUAAUUUCAGCUAUCAAUGAAAAAAAUAUUAUUUUUCAUUCUGUUAGAUCACAUUUAUUAACAAUUGUCUGUGAAAGUAUAACAUCAUUAAUGUUUCCAUUUUUUUGGGAUUUUCCAUAUAUACCAUAUUGUCCAUUUAAUAAUUUUAUAAUUUUUGAAUGUCCAUGUCCAUAUAUUGUUGGAGUUGAUUCAAAAUAUUUUGAUGAUAUAAUUAAUUUUCCAAAAGAAACAAUUUGUUUUGGUCUAGAUACUAAUACUAUUUCUUUAUCAAAAGAAGAAAUUGAAAAAAUAUAUAAUUCUAUUCCAUUACAAUGUGCAAAAUAUUUAAGGGUUAAUUUAACAAAAAUAUAUAAUGAAUUGAUGGAGGAAGAUCAACGUUUAUUAAAUUUAAAAUAUUCAGAAGAUCCAUUAAUACAAUUAUCAUUAAAAAAACAUCUUUUUAAUAUUAAUAAUGUUUACAAUAAAAGAAUAAAAGAAAUAUUUUUACGAUUUAUGUGUAACCUGUUAGUUGGAUAUGAAUUUCAUUUUAUUUUAUCAAAUAAUAAUGGAAUUGAAUUAAAUAGUAGUUUAACAAAAAAUAUUUAUGAUAUAGAAGGAUUUAUAUCAAGAAAACCAAAAAUAUAUAAAGAAUUUUAUAAAAAAUUAUGUUCAACACAAGCUUUUGUUUCACUUAUUCAAGAUAAAAUUUCAAAAUCAGAUCGUUCCAAAUAUUAUACAUUUUUUAAUUCAUUAUUGUUGAGCUUUAUAAAUGAUAAUGAUGAACAAUUAUUAGAAGAUGAAGGAUAUGAUGAUGUUUUAGUUAAUAUUCCAUUAUAUCAUGUAAAUAUUUUUGAAAAAGAUAAAGAAAGAGAUGAUAAUGAAAAUUUUCCACAAAAAUUUGAUGAUAAUUUAUUUGUCAUUGAAGAUAUAAUGGAAUGUAUCCAGAUUGAUGAUGAUAAUAGUAAUAAUAAUAAUAAUAUAGAAGAAAAAAAUUCUUUGAAAUAUUAA